AACUGGUUCAAGUUCAUCAUCCUUGUCCUCAAACUUCAUUGAUACUCUAUAUCCAUCUUACUCUCAACCAUUUCAAUCUCAACUCUUAACAAAUUCAAACCAUUCCAACAAACCAAUCAAACAAUCAACCAGAAACAUCCAAACAGAAUGACUAAUCACACUUCAUACUCAAGAUUAAAUUCGACGACUCAAACCUUUCCACCUUCACAUCAAUCAGAACAAGAAGAAGAAUUAGAUGCAACCUUUGAUGAUUCAGAUCAUAUCUCAAACUAUGAUUCAUCAGAACGAGAUCAUUUAUUCAUUUCAAUUGAAGAUUCCUUAACGCCUUCUUCCAGAGGUGAAGGCACUUCUCAUCAUCCUAUCAAUCCUGGCUCUUUACCUGGUUCAUAUGAUUUCGAACGUGAUCCGUUUCAACCUAAUCAUCCUCCAACCUCUAGUACUGAUGAUACAUUACCUAAACCUAGAUUGAUGGGUCAAGGUAAUGAUGGAGUGUUUGCAAACUUGAGUGCUAAACCUACUACGACUCAUACUGAUCCUACGUCGCUUAAUGGAUCCGGUGGUAGUGAUAAAGAUGAAGCUUUACCAACUUAUGAUGCUGCUGCUCUGGAUUCUUCUCCUCCUUAUUGGGAAACCACUGUGACUUUACCGGGUGGGAUGGGAUCUUAUGGUAUCUUGGGACCUGAUGAUGUUUUGGUAGAUGGUCUUGCUGUGGGAAACCUUUUUGGAUUCGCUUGGAAUUUAUUGGUGUCUAUGAGUUUUCAAUUUAUCGGCUUCUUACUCACUUAUCUACUUCAUACAACACAUGCGGCCAAGAACGGAUCAAGAGCAGGUUUAGGAAUCACUUUAAUCCAAUAUGGACUCUAUAGUCGUACAAGAUCAAAUGAAAACCCAUCGAAUUCAUUCACAGCCGAAGAAUUGUCUAAAACGAAUGGAACUCUGAAUGGAUUAGAUGCUAAUUGGGGAUUUGGUGGACCUGAUUGGGAUGGAUCGACUUCUUCUUUACAUCAACAAGCUACUGUUGAAGGUCAAGUUCAUAUUUCUUCAAUGGCUAAUGAAUGGUUAAGUUAUGUUUUGAUUGCGAUUGGUUGGUUCUUAUUGUUAGGAGGUUUGGUGAAUUAUUGGAGAGCUGUUCGAUGGGCUAGAGCUGUUAGAACUGAUGAUGUGAUUGCUGGUGCAAUGGCUUAAUGAGGGAUCCUAGAUACAUGUAUAUUUGUAAAAUGAUGAUUGGGUUGAAAGAAAGUAAGAGAACAGAGAACUUCAAUUCAAAACCUAAAGGAUGAGUGAGUCUUCUGAAAGAUGAUUCAAAUUAAUCAUAUCCAUGUUUUGUUUGUGGUUUUUUCUUUGAUUUAAUCUUUGUCGAUGUUGGAUAUAUUGAUCUUGUUUGAAAGAUUUCGAAUUCAAAUUUUGAAUGAGAUGAAAUCGAUUGAAAAAGAUAUGGAAAAAAAGAGAAAAUCAGAAAAUGAGGAAGAAAAUGAAAUUUUAAUAAGAGAUUUUUUUUUUGUUGGUUUUUUGUUGUAUGGUUUAUUAAUUUUCUUAAUACUACACUUGUUUUUAAAUCUUUACUCUUUUUUUUUUAUUAUGACCAAAGAAGAAAAAAAAAAUUCAAAUCGGUUUUAUAUGUUGUUAUAUUUUAUAUUUUAUAAGAAGAAGAAAUCUUUUUAUCCUUGUUUAAUUUUUUUUUUCCAGAAAUCAAUCGUCAUGUCUCUUCUGUUUGAAUACCUUUUUUUUCAUUUGUGUUUUUUUCCCUAUUUACUAUUUUUUUCUUUCUCUUUACUUUCUUUUACUUUUUACUUUUACUUUUUCAUGUUCCUUGUUUUAGUUUUUGAUUUUUUUUUUCUAUUCAUUUUUGGUUUUGAAAGAUUUUAAGGGGAAAUAUGAAAGUGAUUUUAU